AUGGCGGCACCACCUGCGGGCUACUCAGUCAACGUGAACGACCCUACGCUGAUCGCUCUCGUCAACAAGUUGCAAGAUGUCUUUACAACCGUCGGAGUUCAAAAUCCCAUAGACUUGCCACAGAUUGUGGUGGUCGGAUCACAGUCCAGCGGAAAGAGUUCGGUUCUUGAAAACAUUGUCGGUAGAGACUUUCUUCCUCGAGGCUCUGGCAUCGUCACUCGUCGACCCCUCGUCCUGCAGCUCAUCAACAGACCAGCUCCGGCAAAGGUGCAGACGAAUGGAGUCAGCGAGAAAGAAAUGAAAGAGACCACCGAUAGCCAAGCAAAUGUCGAUGAGUGGGGAGAGUUUCUACAUCUACCCGGCCAGAAGUUCCAUGACUUCAACAAGAUCCGUGAUGAAAUUGUCAAAGAAACAGAAGCAAAGGCCGGCCGAAAUGUGGGCAUCUCCCCAGCACCGAUCAACCUGCGCAUAUACUCUCCUAAUGUUCUCACCCUGACGCUCGUCGAUUUGCCCGGUCUGACCAAAGUCCCCGUCGGAGAUCAACCGCGAGACAUCGAGCGGCAGAUUCGGGAAAUGGUGAUCAAGUAUAUCUCCAAAUCGAAUGCCAUCAUCCUGGCUGUCACAGCUGCCAACCAGGAUUUGGCCAACUCGGACGGCCUGAAGCUCGCUCGUGAGGUGGACCCGGAAGGUCAGAGGACUAUUGGUGUUCUGACCAAGAUCGACUUGAUGGACGCCGGCACCGACGUUGUCGAUAUUCUCGCUGGGAGGAUCAUCCCACUCAGACUGGGCUACGUCCCUGUGGUCAAUCGAGGCCAGCGGGACAUUGAAAACAAGAAGCGAAUAGACUUGGCUUUGAAAGCUGAGAAGGAGUUCUUCGAGAAUCACCCCUCGUACAGAAACAAGGCGUCAUACUGUGGUACUCCUUAUCUGGCCCGAAAGCUCAACCUCAUUCUGAUGAUGCACAUCAAACAAACGCUGCCAGACAUCAAGACACGAAUUGCCACUUCUCUGCAGAAGUACUCGCAAGAGUUAGAGCAGCUAGGUGCGGGCGACCUACUAGGGCACAACAGCUCCAACAUUAUUCUCAACAUCAUUACCGAGUUUGCGAACGAAUACAGAACUGUUCUCGACGGAAAUAGCUCGGAAUUGUCAAGCAACGAACUUUCCGGUGGUGCCAGAAUCUCUUUUGUGUACCACGAACUCUAUUCAAACGGUAUCAAGGCCAUCGAUCCUUUUGAUCAAGUCAAGGACAUUGACAUCCGCACCAUCCUUUACAACUCUUCCGGUUCUCAGCCGGCACUCUUUGUCGGGACCACAGCUUUCGAACUGAUCGUGAAACAGCAAAUUCGGCGACUGGAAGAACCGUCGUUGAAAUGUGUUUCUCUGGUGUUUGACGAGCUUGUCCGCAUUCUCACCCAACUCCUCCAGAAGCAGAUUUUCAGAAGAUAUCCUCAACUAAAGGAGAGAUUCCACGGAGUUGUCAUAGCUUUCUUCCGGAAAUCAAUAGAUCCAACCAACAAAUUGGUGAAGGAUCUGGUGGCAAUGGAGUCUUGCUACAUCAAUACAGGUCACCCGGAUUUCCUCAACGGCCACCGUGCCAUGGCCAUUGUCAACGACAGACACAGCGCCAGCAAACCCACUCAGGUCGACCCCAAAACAGGCAAACCUCUUCCACCAUCAGUGCCACCCAGAGCAAACUCGCCAGGCCUUCCUACCGACGGCAGCGAUCAGAACUCCGGGUUCUUCGGCUCCUUCUUUGCUAGUAAGAACAAGAAGAAGAUGGCAGCUAUGGAGCCACCGCCUGCCACCCUCAAAGCCAGCGGCACACUGUCCGAACGCGAGAACCAAGAAGUGGAGGUGAUCAAACUGUUGAUCAACAGCUAUUUCAACAUUGUUCGGAGGACGAUGAUUGAUAUGGUUCCGAAAGCAAUCAUGUUGAACCUAGUACAGCACACGAAAGAAGAAAUGCAGCGAGAAUUGCUGGAGCAGAUGUACCGGGCGCAAGAACUCGAUGAACUGCUCAAGGAGAGUGACUACACGGUCAGACGUCGAAAAGAAUGCCUACAGAUGGUGGAGAGUUUGAGUAAAGCCAGCGAGAUCGUCAGCCAGGUGCAGUAG